CAUUGAAAAGGAUGUUAGACCAAGAUUGCAGGCAAUCCUUAAGGAUGGUACGGAGGGCAAAGAUUUUGGGCAGAUGUUGCUGAAAUAUCCGUGGAUUCUUUCAAAGAGCAUUCUGCAAAACUACGAGGACAUCCUGAUUUUCUUUGAUGAUGAAAAGGUGCCAAAAACUAGUGUAGCUCAGGCAAUCAAAAGCUGCCCGCUCCUUUUGGGAUUGUCAGUUAACAAGCUGAAAUUGGUGGUGGAACAGUUCCGUAACUUUGGCAUUAGAAACCAGAAGUUGGGUAAAGUGAUUGCUACAAGUCCACAGCUACUACUGCAGAAGCCUCAGGAAUUCCAUCAGGUAGUGUGCUUCUUAAGGGAUCUAGGUCUGGAUGAUGAUGUUAUUGGUAGGAUACUUGGUCGCUGUCCUGAAAUUUUUGCAUCGAGCAUAGGGAAAACUCUUAAGAGAAAACUCAACUUCCUAAUGGGUAUUGGAGUUUCCAGACAUCAUCUUCCCAGGAUUAUCAGGAAAUAUCCUGAGCUUUUUGUAUGUGACGUCCACAGAGCUUUACUUCCAAGAAUGACGUACUUGAUGCAUGUUGGGCUUUCGAAGAGGGAAGUAGCACUAAUGGUCUGCAGGUUUUCACCAUUGCUCGGCUACAGCAUAGACAAAGUUCUCAAGCCUAAGCUAGAAUUUCUGAUGAACUCAAUGGAAAAACCAUUAAGUGAUGUAGUUGAAUACCCGAGAUAUUUCAGCUACUCGUUAGAGAAGAAGAUAAAACCUAGAUUUUGGGUGCUCAGGGGCAGAAACAUGGAAUGCAGCUUGAAAAGUAUGUUGGGCAAAAAUGAUGAAGAAUUUGCUGCAGAGUUUGGAGAGAGGAAUAUGCUUGUUCCCCCUGUUUAGCUCUGAUUGGUACUUUUCUAGUGUUGUUUUAAUAUUUAAGUACAUGCACGAAUGUGUAGAUAGCUGGUGGUGCAUGUGCACAGGUUACUCGGUUGAUUUUUCUUGUGAAUAAUAUCAGAUCACAUCACUUGUGGAGUUCAAUCUCACUAGGCCUGCAGCUGUUGUUUGGGGUUCGUGUUGUAUAAGAAAUCCUUUUUUUUUGUUUUGUUUUGGGAAUGUUGUCCCCUAUGGUUUUUACAAAACAAUUUUUACAAACGGGUUCAUGAUAGUGAGUUUUCCUACUUCUAAUAAGAGGGAAUAGCAGGCACCGUCAACAUGCCUGUCAGCCUGUUUACAUUAA